GAGGUGGCGCCAGGGACCAGGAGGGGUGGGCAGGCGAAAGGAAGGGCGGGCCCUCAGGUGACGCAGAUUGGCCCUCCAGUGAAGGGGCGGCCCCUUCUCAGGCGGUGUCACCCCCAAACCCCAGCGCUGCCAUUCCAGGUCCUUAAAGGGGAGACCGCGAUUCUAAGAAGCAGCCAAGCCCAGGGCCGGCCUGAAGCCCCCGGACGGCAGUGCCCAGCAGGCAGCGCCCAGCACCCUGGCUCCCACCUCCCAGUGGCCCCAAAGGAAAACAGCUGCCAUGCACAUCCCCGAAAGCCUCCAGGAGCUGGCCAAGAGCGAAGCCGUGCAGUUUCUGAGAAGGCCCAAGACCAUCAUGCGGGUCUCUGAAGGGGUCUUCUCCCUGAUCAUCUUCUCGUCCCUGCUGACCGAUGGCUACCAGAACAAGAUGGAGUCUCUGCAGCUCCACUGCAUUCUCAACAGCAACAGCAUGGCCUGCAGCUUUGCUGUGGGAGCCGGCUUCCUGGCCUUCCUCAGCUGCCUGGCCUUCCUCGUCCUGGACACCCAGGAGACCCUCAUUGCCGGCACCCGCUUCAAGACAGCCUUCCAGCUCCUGGACUUCAUCCUGGCUGUUCUCUGGGCAGUUGUCUGGUUCGUGGGUUUCUGCUUCCUGGCCAACCAAUGGCAGCAUUCGCCACCCAAAGAGUUCCUCCUGGGGAGCAGCAGUGCCCAGGCGGCCAUUGCCUUCACCUUCUUCUCCAUCCUUGUCUGGAUAUUCCAGGCCUACCUAGCAUUCCAGGACCUCCGAAAUGAUGCUCCAGUCCCUUACAAGCGCUCCCUGGAUGAGGGUGGCACGGUGCUGACCACCCUUCCCUUGCCCUCCACCACCAGCCCUGUGAACAUGCCCACCACUGGCCCCAACAGCCUGAGUUAUGCCAGCUCUGCCCUGUCCCCCUGUCUGACCGCUCCAAAGGUUCCCCUGCUCGCUAUGAUGCCUGACAACUAAAUAUCCUUAUCCACAUCAAUAAAGAGAGAAUCCUCCCUCCAGAAGGGUUUCUAAAAACA